AGGGCUCGCUGUUGCCUCACGCCACAGUUGUGUAAAUCUUUCACUCAACCAGCCUUGAGUUUUUGACUUCACGACACGCGAUCCUUGGUAAUUCAGCGACAACAAAAGUAAGCCAUCUUCUAACUGUCCGGAUGAUGGUUCGGGUCAGCGGCCACUGCAACGAUGGCGCACCGAAUCGUUGAGCUUCCCGACGACAUACUCUUCAUCAUACUCGCCAGGUUGGACUGCACUCGAGACUUGAGAGCGCUUGCCCUCUCUUGCUGCAGAUUCCACCAUCUCGUGGAGAAUGAUGGAUGGCGUAUCUUUGUCAGAACCAAAUUUCCCUCGCUCAGCAUCCCGUCGCCCGCCUCAGGAAUCCAUGCAUGGCAGCAACUAGCCGAGUCAACGACGUGGCAAAGCAGGUCUUGGGACAAGCGCUCCCUUCAGUUCCAGGCUCUUCUUCCUCGCGUCGAGCCUCGCAGGAAUGGAAGGUCACAGAGAGAGAACAGAAGCCUGUUCAUGUCGGUUGUUGACGCUCACUUCGACCCGGUCAGCCGGGAGGAGUUGGUUGUAUGGGGUGCUGGCGAGAGUAUCAUUGCACGGUAUCGGCAGCGACAAGGGCCCGGCAAGGUCUCGAAGACGGCAUGGCACAAGUUGGACGGCAAGGAGCUCGGCCUCAGCGUUGGCUAUGACGACGUGAAGACCGUCAAGAUUGUCAAGCACGGCGGCGAACGCGCCUUCAUCACCGGACGGCACAACCGUCAGCUGUCCCUGCUUUCUGCAGAGCCAGAUCGGUUCGGCUCGCAAAUUACCUAUUUCAGACCGGCCUUAGACCAAAGCGUCGACUCCUACCUGCCUUCCGAGCAAGAGACCAUGAACUCGCUGGACAUUCUCAGCAGCGGCAACAGGACUCUCAUCGCCGCCGCCUCGAACUCCAGUCUGAGAAUCUACGAGCUGCCGGAGAGUGAUGCGGCCGCGGUUGCGCCUGUGACCACCUACCAUCUAGAGGAUAAUACCCCGGGCUCUAACUCGGCAAGACUGGGCGGCGCCAGAUGGAUGGAAAACGGUGAGUCGAUAGCACUCGCUCUUGCUGGCUGCAAGGACCCUCUUCGCUAUGUCGCCCUGACCCCCGCCGGCUGGGCUCAUCACGCGGCUGCGAAGAGCGAAAGAGUUGAAAAGGAGUUCGGCAUCAAAUACGACCGGACUAUUUGCCCCAAUUCCCUUGAAGCAGUUCACUUCCAUUCAGGAGCGAAACGAGGGACAAGCCUGCUCCUCAGCUCUUGGAGGGACGGGACUAUCAGACUCCAAGAUCUGCGUACUCCUUCUCCCUUCGACGCCGUCUACCAAGACAAUGUCGACCCCUGGUCAAACGCUGAAUCCCUCAUAGCGUACGGCACCGAGCGAUUCGUCGCCGGCGGCAGCGAGAGUUUCACCAUCCAAAUUUUCGACUUCCGCUGGCCAAAACCCUAUCACCAUACGUCGGGCUUACCCUGCCUCGGCCGACGUCCCUUCCCACAACCCCACCAGCCCUUCAGGAGGCGCCUCACCCCCGAGUCCAGAUCCCGCUCCCAAUGCGACCACAUUCGCAACCGCCGCUGCCACUGGCACGACCUCGCGCGCAGCCUCUACUAUCGCCCGAACGCAAAGUUUUUCUUUUCAGAAUCUAUCCGCUCGCUUUCCCGCUCGGGCAGCAGCAGCGUCUGGUCGCUGGCCCGGGGCUCCGACAUAUCGCCCAACUUCUACAUGGGUAUCUCGGGAGGGGUGAUCGAGGCUACGCUGGAAGAGACGCCCGACACGUUACCGCCGGACCGCGCGACGGUCGACCCCAAUUUUGGGUUUGACGACUGGCGGGCCGCGGGAGGAGGAGGAGGAGGCGCCGACGCAGCGGCCGCGAGCGGGUACAGGGCCAGGCCACUGGUACCCGCGCUGAUGGAGACGGGCGACGGGUACUCGUUCAAGGGCAACGAUCGGUCGAUUCUGCUGCCUCCCUUACUGCGGUAUCAGGGGCCGAGGGAAUGGGCGGGUGCUGAUGAGGAGGUGGGUGGGUUGAGGAGGCAUCAUCGGCUGGAUGGGGGGUAUCAGACGGAGGCGGAUUUCCUGGACGAGCGCUAGUAUUAAAGCUUUGAGCGGGGUCUGGGGGAGUCGUCUUUGCGUCUUGCUAUGGGGGUGGAGAGGUGGAGACCUGGUAUUCUGCGUUGGAGGGGUGAACUGUUGUGAGCCCCUUUCUAGUCUCGGGAGGUGCGAAACCCCGGGUUGGGUUCCACGUUCAGACAGGUUGAUAGGAUAUUGCCUGUAAAAGGGCGGCGAAGGAAAGGUCAACUGGGAUACCGCUAGCUGUGGAAUUGCGGUGAUGGUCACUCGGCGUUGGGAGGAGUGAGGGAUCUAUCCGUAGACUUGCUGCCCUUCCAGUUGUCGUGACGGUAUGUACCUAAGCAAGCAGCACGGAAGCUGGCUCAAGCAGCCCAUGGAAAGGAUCAGAUCUAAGCCCCAGACACGAGUUUACUGCAAUUUACUCAACCAAUGUGUUACUAGAGAACCCUGGUGAUGCUCUUCUCGCCGGGUUUACUAACAUCUCC